GCGGCUCUCCUCUUCUCGGCCGAGGCGUUCUCCACGGCGGCCGCAGUCGCGUCCAACGGGUCCCAUCGCGCAGGUAACAAACGCGGGCAGCGUGCCGAUCAGAACGUCGCAGCCGAGCGAGUCCGGAGAGAAGAGAGCCGUCCAAGUCAGCCGGGAGUCCCAAAGGGAGCGACAUGGAGUUCACGAGACGAUGCCUCGCCCUAAUCUCGGUGGGAGUGCUAUGGAGUUGCGUACUGGGUCUCCAGCGGCCUCCGCCGAGAUACUCUCAGCAGUACAUGCCGGAGACCUCGUUCAACUGUCGCAACAAGAUCGUCGGCAGCUAUUACGCGGACCCUGAAACUGACUGCCAAGUCUUUCACGUCUGCGUCUCCGUAGCCGGAUCUAUCCAGGAUUACAAGUUCCUGUGCCCCAACGACACCGCCUUCGACCAGGAGAGCCAAACCUGCGCGGACUGGUACGACGUGGACUGCGAGGCCGCGACCCUCUACUACGCGAGCGACAACUUCGAUCUGUACAGAAUCGGUUCGGGCCUGGAAUCCGUGCACUACGACCAUCUGCGCAGCGACGCCGAACCGCAGGAUCAUCUUCAGCGCAGCGAGACGAGCGACGCGGUUCGUUCCUCGGCGAACGCAGUCAACCGGGUGUCCUCGUCGAGCUACAACAACAACAACAACAACAACAAUAACAAUAACAAUAAUCGUGAUUUGCUGCGAGGUAGCAGCAGCAGCAAUUUCUACAACAGAAACGGCAAAGAGGACGACUACGAGACCGACAAGUCGUACAAGGAAGAAGCGGGUCAAGAUACCAAGAAGAAAGGCGGCAUCAGGAAGGUCAGCAGGAAGCAGCCGUACAACGCGAACGGCAACUACUCGCCGCCCAGCAGCACGUCGGCGCCGGUCGCAUCCGGUCAGAACAAUUACAACGGCAAUUACUACAACAGCAACGCGUACAACCAUCAACAACAACAACAACAACAACAACAACAACGCCAACCCACGACGACGUACGUCUCGUCCACAACCGCGCGCCCUCAAGAGAGCUACAACAGAAACCAGAACGCACCGAGGUACAACACGCCGUCGUCCACUUAUCGACCCAGCACCACGUACCAGGACACGUUCAACAGUUACCAGUCGCCCAGCACCACCAGCCGCACCACCGCCUACAACGUCUACAGCGCGAACGCGAACUACAACCAGCAGAACACCGGCUCCUUCGCCCAGGUCACGACGUCGAGACCGAGCAGCUACAGCCCGAAGAACAACUAUCAGACCUACGGUCAGUUGCCGCAGUCCACCACCGCCCAGCCGAGCACCAACUACCAGAACAUCGACUACACCAACUAUCAGCAGAGGAGCUACAGCAAUAUCCAGCGUGGAACCAACAACGGCAACGUCUACCAGUCCACCACGGCCGCCUCCACCGUGUACGACAAUUACAGCAACAAUAAUAAUAAUAACAAUCAGUACAGACCAGCCACGUCCACCAGGCAGGACCUCGCCCAGACCACCGCGAAGUACUUCGUGAGCAACAGCUACUCGCCCACCACGUAUAGCCCAGCGACGAAGAAAUACGUGAGCGGGGACAGCGCCGUCGCGCAGACCGCUCUGAGGAACAACGACAAUCAGUACUACGAUAAGAACAGCCAGGCGGUCAAGCCCUCGACGCAGUAUUACGACAGCACAAAAACGCCCAAGAAGGCGACUCAGUACAACAAUUAUGACGGCGCGAGCGGCGGCAAGUCGUACUACAUCGAGACCAGCACCGGCAGCUUCGACCUCGCGAGAUCCUCCGUCGGAAUCGGCUUCAGCCCCGCGAGUAUCAACCACCUCGCCGAGUCGCCGAGGACGACCACGCCGGUGCCCAGGCGAUCCUCCAGCGCCACCACUUACAACCCGAACACCUUCAACUCCGGCGCUCAAAGGACCGGCCAGCCGACGACGACGCCACGGGGAGUCACUUACGUCAGCGGUUCCGCGAGACCGUUCUCAUCGACGACCAGGUUACCCAGCAGCAGUGGCGGCAACGGCGGCAGCGGCACCAGCACGACGACGCGACCGAAGUCGGGCAAGAAGAACGACUACGAUUACGCGUAUUAUGAUAACGCGGGCGGCUUGGAGUACGACGGCGUCGACCUCGAGCACGUCACCAGCAACAAGGAAUCCACGAAGAUCGCGAGGAAUUAGAUUCUCGUAAUAAUAAUAACAAUAAUAUACAUGUAUACCGCGUCGCGAAUUCCUUGGAGCUCGUGUGUCCGUGUGUGGUGCUACAAAUCUUAUCUUCCGUCGCUUUCCGCCCUUUCCUUUCGGCGACACCACACCGGUCGAUUCGAACGGCCGAAGCGAGGCGUUUCCAAGGGAUUCCGACAAGCUCGUAUCGUAAAUUAUCACUUAUCAGUAGCCAGUCGCUGUCAAAAUCGGUCUUCGAUUAAGAACGCAUGUGAAGACGGAGGGGGAAGUGUUGACAAAUAUUGAAUACCGAUUUUGAGAGGAAAAUCGUCGAUCGAUCCGCUUAAAACGCGCAUACGGCGGCUCUCCCGGCGUCACUAACGCAUCGUUUUGUCGUCAGUAUUUUAGGGUAAUUGUUUUCGUGCGUGUUUGUUUAAUGACGCGCUUGACGCGCGCGCACACAGCAUUCGCGCAGCGAGCGUCGUGCUGUCGUGACAAAGUGCGAAACGAGAAAUUUCAUCGGUUCAUCUCUCUCCUUUUAUAUCUCUCGUCGCGUGAAGGAAAAUUUCUCGAGAUAACCGACCAUUGAUUGUAUAUUUCGGUGAUCGAUGUUGAGUUGUUGAAAUUCGUCGCGUCUCUUGCACUUGCGAGCGUCGAAGGAGGUCCGCGCGAAACGUGAUGCGUAAGAGAUUGUUUUAUUAUUUGCGUCCUGAAAGAUAUGCGUACUGAGUGUAUAUAUUUCAUAACUAUUUUAAUUAGAAAAAGCAUUAA